CGGAAGUGUCGUAAGCGGCCGCCGGAGGUGUCGUUGGUGUGUUGCGCGACGGGGCCGUAGAGUGGAGUGGCGCCUGUCCCUGGGAAGAAAGUACCAUGUCGAUUGAAAUAGAGUCCUCGGAUGUGAUCCGCCUUAUCAUGCAGUACCUGAAGGAGAAUAGUUUACAUCGGGCGUUGGCUACCUUACAGGAAGAAACUACUGUAUCUCUGAAUACCGUGGAUAGCAUUGAGAGUUUUGUGGCUGACAUUAAUAGUGGCCAUUGGGAUACUGUUUUACAGGCCAUACAGUCUCUGAAGUUGCCAGACAAAACCCUCAUUGACCUCUAUGAACAGGUGGUUCUGGAAUUGAUAGAGCUCCGUGAACUGGGGGCUGCCAGGUCACUUUUGAGACAGACUGACCCCAUGAUCAUGUUAAAACAAACACAGCCAGAGCGAUAUAUUCAUCUGGAGAACCUGUUGGCAAGGUCGUAUUUUGAUCCUCGUGAGGCAUACCCAGAUGGAAGUAGCAAAGAGAAGAGAAGAGCAGCAAUUGCCCAGGCCUUAGCUGGGGAAGUCAGUGUGGUGCCUCCAUCUCGUCUCAUGGCAUUGUUGGGACAGGCACUGAAGUGGCAGCAGCACCAGGGGUUGCUUCCUCCUGGCAUGACCAUAGAUUUGUUCCGAGGCAAAGCGGCUGUGAAAGAUGUGGAAGAAGAAAAGUUUCCUACACAGUUGAGCAGGCAUAUUAAGUUUGGUCAGAAAUCACAUGUGGAGUGUGCUCGAUUUUCUCCAGAUGGUCAGUAUCUGGUCACUGGGUCUGUUGAUGGAUUCAUUGAAGUAUGGAACUUUACGACCGGAAAAAUCAGAAAGGACCUUAAGUACCAGGCACAGGAUAACUUUAUGAUGAUGGAUGAUGCUGUCCUCUGCAUGUGUUUCAGCAGAGAUACAGAAAUGUUAGCAACUGGGGCCCAAGAUGGAAAAAUCAAGGUAUGGAAGAUUCAGAGUGGACAGUGUUUGAGGAGAUUUGAAAGGGCACACAGUAAAGGUGUCACCUGUCUGAGCUUUUCUAAGGAUAGCAGUCAGAUCCUUAGUGCCUCUUUUGACCAGACAAUUAGAAUUCAUGGUUUAAAAUCUGGGAAAACUCUGAAGGAAUUUCGUGGCCAUUCCUCCUUUGUUAAUGAAGCAACAUUUACUCAAGAUGGACAUUAUAUUAUUAGUGCAUCCUCUGAUGGCACUGUAAAGAUCUGGAAUAUGAAGACCACAGAAUGUUCAAAUACCUUUAAAUCACUGGGCAGCACUGCAGGGACAGAUAUCACUGUCAACAGUGUGAUCCUGCUUCCUAAAAACCCAGAGCACUUUGUGGUGUGCAACAGAUCAAACACAGUGGUCAUCAUGAACAUGCAGGGGCAGAUUGUCAGAAGCUUCAGCUCUGGUAAGAGAGAAGGUGGUGACUUUGUUUGCUGUGCCCUCUCCCCCCGCGGUGAAUGGAUCUACUGUGUAGGGGAGGACUUUGUGCUCUAUUGCUUUAGCACAGUCACUGGCAAACUGGAGAGAACUUUGACAGUUCACGAGAAGGAUGUGAUUGGUAUCGCUCAUCACCCUCACCAGAACCUGAUUGCUACCUACAGUGAAGAUGGCCUCCUAAAGCUCUGGAAACCCUAAUUCAACUUUUCUUUUUAAGCUAGCUUGAUAGCAUGUACCUGAUAUUCAUGUAUUGCUUUCUUUUUUUGGCCAGCUUUUCUAAGCAAAUUAAGGUAGGCACAAUAAUUACUUUGUGCAAAUACAUGUUUAAGUAGCAGUUACUCUUUUUUACAUAUUUUAAAGGUAUUCAUCUGUUUCUAAUUGUGGUGUCACUUAAUAUUUUCAAUAAUCUACCUGAAGAAUGAAAUAAUGAUAUUUCUAGGAAAAAAUUAUACUCCUUUGAUUACUGGAAGUGCUGAUUAAAAUGUACCUCUUGCAGUAAAACCUGUAAAUAAAGAGCUAACUGUCCCAUAUUCAGUAGCUGUUUGCUGUUCUCAUCCUUUUUUUUUAGAUGUCAAUAAACUCUACGCCUUUCUGGAGA